GACUGGUCUGUGGAGUUCCUUCUCUCUCGUUGGGGGAUGACCUGUGACCCGGUGUCCCUCGGGUCGUUCGGGGCCGACGGACCUGAACUCGCCGGGUCCCGUCUCCCCGGAAACCACAGCGUCCAGAUGAUGGUCAUCGCCCCUGACGACGGGAGGCGGUCUCCACGGCAACAGCCCCCCGACGACGGGACGCGGUCUCCACGGCAACAGCCCCCCGACGACGGGACGCGGUCUCCACGGCAACAGCCCCCCGACGACCGAUGAGACGGACACGGACUCGAGCUGCUCCUCCACCGACACGAACACCGUCCAGACUUUUAAAACCCGACGUGGUUCUGAUGAGAAAAGUUUUUCAAAAUAAGAAAACAAAAAACAAAAAAACCCAAAACCAAAAUGGAAAAAAAAACAGAUAAAGAUUUUUUUUUUUUCAGUUUUCAGUUUUUCACAUUUCACAUAAACUA